GGGUAACUGGCGCGGGAUGAACGCGGGUGCCCGAGACAACUCUUGCUAGCGGGAACGUGCUCUCUCUGACCAACCGAUGUGUCUUUCAUUAUAAACAGCAAGAUAGUUCUUAUUUACCGGGAGGAAGAUUGGAAUAUCAUAAACGGCUUUUAUACGGGAUCACACAAGGAACCAAAUAACGGACGAUAUAUUCGAAUCGAAGAGGGAAAUUCGAUAAAAAUGUCCGAACUCCUAAGCUGCGUGGAACAGCGGGAAGAGCCGACCAAAGUUGAAGAAGCCGGAGGAGCGGAGGAGAAAUCUGAAUCUUCAGAUGAGGGAAAAGAGUCGUCCUCAGAUGCUGGGGCCGAUGGACAAGAUGCCUCCUCUUCCAAAACUAAAGAAACUGGUCUGGGGUAUGAGGAGAAAGUGCUCACAGAUCGGACCAACAGAUUUGAGUACCUGUUGAAGCAAACAGAGUUGUUUGCUCAUUUCAUCCAACCAGCCGCACAGAAAACCCCCACCUCCCCGCUGAAGAUGAAGCCAGGACGCCCUCGCAUCAAGAACGAUGAAAAACAGAACCUGCUGUCUGCCGGAGACAACCGACAUCGCCGCACAGAGCAAGAAGAGGAUGAAGAGCUUCUGAGCGAGAGCACCAAAACGACUAAUGUCUGCACUCGCUUUGAUGACUCCCCCUCUUACGUCAAAGCAGGAAAAAUGAGAGACUAUCAGGUCCGUGGUCUGAACUGGCUCAUCUCUUUGUAUGAAAAUGGCAUCAACGGCAUCCUUGCUGAUGAAAUGGGUUUGGGGAAGACUCUGCAGACCAUUUCCCUGCUGGGUUACAUGAAGCACUACAGGAAUAUCCCUGGUCCCCACAUGGUGCUGGUGCCAAAGUCCACACUCUACAACUGGAUGAAUGAGUUCAAGAGAUGGGUGCCUUCACUGCGAGCCGUCUGCCUGAUCGGAGACAGAGAACAGAGGAAUGCCCUGAUCAGAGACGUGCUGCUGCCCGGAGAGUGGGAUGUGUGCGUCACCUCCUACGAGAUGCUCAUCAUUGAAAAGGCAGUGUUCAAGAAGUUCAACUGGAGAUACCUGGUCAUUGACGAAGCCCACAGAAUCAAGAAUGAGAAAUCAAAGCUGUCAGAGAUUGUGCGAGAAUUUAAGACCACCAAUCGUUUGCUGCUGACCGGAACUCCCCUGCAGAACAACCUUCACGAGCUGUGGGCUCUGCUCAACUUCCUGCUGCCGGACGUCUUUAACUCAUCAGAGGACUUUGAUUCCUGGUUCGACACAAACAACUGCUUGGGUGAUACCAAGUUGGUGGAACGUCUUCACACUGUGCUGCGUCCCUUCUUGCUCCGUCGUAUCAAAGCGGACGUAGAGAAGAGUCUGCUUCCCAAAAAGGAGAUCAAGAUGUAUGUGGGCCUGAGUAAGAUGCAGCGAGAGUGGUACACAAAGAUCCUGAUGAAGGACAUCGACAUUCUGAACUCGGCGGGUAAGAUGGACAAGAUGCGUCUGCUGAACGUUCUCAUGCAGCUGAGGAAAUGCUGCAACCACCCGUACCUGUUUGACGGGGCCGAACCCGGGCCUCCAUACACAACCGACAGCCACUUGGUGGUGAACAGCGGCAAGAUGGUGGUGCUGGAAAAGCUGCUACCCAAGAUGAAGCAGCAGGGCUCUCGUGUGCUCAUCUUCAGUCAGAUGACCAGGGUGCUGGACAUCUUGGAGGAUUACUGCAUGUGGAAGAACUAUGGCUACUGCCGCCUGGAUGGCCAGACGCCGCAUGAAGAGAGACAGAUCUCUAUCAAUGCAUACAAUGAGCCCAACAGCUCCAAGUUUAUCUUCAUGUUGAGUACCAGAGCUGGAGGACUGGGUAUCAACCUGGCUACAGCAGAUGUGGUCAUCCUGUACGACUCGGACUGGAACCCCCAGGUCGACCUGCAGGCCAUGGACCGAGCUCACAGGAUCGGUCAGCAGAAGCAGGUGCGUGUGUUCCGCUUCAUCACUGAAAACACAGUGGAGGAGAGGAUUGUGGAGAGGGCCGAGAUGAAACUGCGCCUGGACUCCAUUGUCAUCCAGCAAGGAAGACUCGUGGAUCCGAGUGCAAACAAGCUGGGCAAGGAUGAGAUGCUGUCCAUCAUCCGCCACGGGGCCACACAUGUGUUCGCCUCUAAGGAAAGCGAGAUCACAGACGACGAUAUUGACGCCAUCCUGGAGCGAGGGGAGAAGAAGACCAUGGAGAUGAAGGAGAAAAUGUCUUCCCUGGGUGAGAGCUCUCUGAGGAACUUCACUGUGGACACAGAGAACAGCAGUGUGUACACAUUCGAAGGAGAAGAUUACAGAGAGAAGAAAAAGGUGAUUACCAACUGGAUCGAGCCGCCUAAGAGAGAAAGGAAAGCCAACUACGCUGUGGAUGCUUACUUCAGAGAGGCCCUGAGAGUCAGUGAGCCCAAAGCACCCAAGGCUCCUCGUCCCCCCAAGCAGCCAAAUGUGCAGGACUUCCAGUUCUUCCCCCCACGUCUUUUUGAGCUUCUAGAAAAGGAAAUUCUGUUCUACAGGAAGACCAUCGGCUACAAGGUGCCCCGUAAUCCAGAGAUGCCAAACUCGGCCACACUGCAGAAAGAGGAGCAGGGUAAGAUCGACGAGGCCGAAGCUCUCACCGAGGAGGAACUGGAGGAGAAGGAGAACCUGCUGCAACAGGGAUUCACUAUUUGGAACAAACGGGACUUCAACCAGUUCAUCAAAGCCAACGAGAAGUGGGGAAGAGAUGACAUUGAGAACAUUGCCAGAGAAGUCGAGGGAAAAACUCCAGAGGAAGUCAUGGAAUAUUCUGCUGUGUUCUGGGAACGCUGUAACGAGCUGCAGGACAUCGAGAAGAUCAUGGCGCAGAUCGAGAGAGGAGAGGCCCGGAUCCAGAGGAGGAUAAGCAUCAAAAAAGCACUGGACUCAAAGAUUGGUCGUUACAAGGCUCCCUUCCAUCAGCUGCGUAUCUCUUAUGGCACCAACAAAGGCAAGAACUACACGGAAGAGGAGGACCGCUUCCUCAUCUGCAUGCUCCACAAGCUGGGCUUCGACAAGGAGAGCGUGUACGACGAGCUGCGGCAGUGCAUCCGCAACUCGCCUCAGUUCCGCUUCGACUGGUUCCUUAAAUCCAGGACAGCCAUGGAGCUCCAGAGGCGAUGCAACACCCUGAUCACGCUGAUCGAGAGAGAGAACAUGGAGCUGGAGGAGAGGGAGAAGGCUGAGAAGAAGAAACGCGGCCCCAAGAGUGCCUCAGCCCAGAAACGGAAGUCAGACGCGACCCCAGAUGGCCGUGGACGCAGGAAAAAGCUGAAGUUGUGAAGCUGUUAACGUUAAUCUACUGCGUACAGUGUCAGGAUCUGAGAACAGCCAGCUCCGCUAUCGUUAGUCCUAGUGUCUGUGUCUGUUCUGCAGACUGUGAUAAUGUACUGUGUAAACCACCACGGACUGACUGUUGUAUUAGGUUUUAGGCAGUGAAGCCUGCCCUGUCACUUACCUAAACUCUGCAGCUGAGCUGGUUUAGUUUGUAUUGAUUGCUAAUCCUUUUUUUUUUUUACUAGUACUUAAUUGAAAUAAAUGUAUUUAUGCCUGUCGGUUGUACCACAUUCCAUUGUUCAAAAUGAUAUGUACCCCUUUUUAUUUUUAAGAAAACAUUUGUUCUUUUAUCUUCCUAUGUGAAGUAGAAAAUGUCUUUGAAAGUCAAAAAUAAACCUUCCACUUUUUUUAAA